CCGGUUAACAUGCAGACUUGGGCUUUCACGGUGGCUAUUAUUUUUCUGGCCAGCAGUUGCUUUGCCGCUCCUGCUAAGCAGGAGAGGAUCGAGACCGAUCCGGAACUGACAGCUGGCUACAUUCAGGGGGAUAUGGUGCCCAGUCCCCAGGCUAGAAAUGGGUUGCGCAAUGAGACGUACAGGUGGCCAAAUAGGAUUGUCUACUAUUAUAUCAACAGGAAUAUUGAUACCGAUCAUCGCAACCAUAUUCUUCGAGGCAUCCGAAUCAUUGAGCAGAACUCCUGCCUGAGUUUCAAGGAAGCCACCACGGACCAGGAUUACUACAUAAACGUCACAUCGGAGGCCGGCGGAUGCUACUCCUACGUGGGUCACCUGAACAGAGUGCAGCAAUUGAACCUGCAAAACUACGAUCUGGAUGCUGGCUGCUUCCGCCUGGGAACCAUUGUCCACGAAUUCCUGCAUGCCCUGGGAUUCUAUCACCAGCAAAGCACUUGGAACCGGGAUGAAUAUGUCAGAAUAGCAGAAGAAAAUAUAACCGAAGGCACUGAGGGAAACUUCAAUAAGUACGACAACGAGACCGUUGAUGAUUACAACGAGCCCUACGACUACGGCAGUGUCCUGCACUACACGGCGUAUGCAUUCUCUAAGAACGGAGAGAUGACCAUCGUCCCGCUGCAGGAAGGAGCCGUCGAGCUCAUGGGUCAGCGAGUGCAAAUGUCCCAGUCCGACAUUAAUAAGCUGAACACCAUGUACAAGUGUCCCCGAAAGAUUUAAGAUUUACGAAAGGACGUUGAGUGCCCAAAGGAUAGUUAACCAGCUUAAAUUAUAAAUACGAUUUAGACUUGACACAAAGUUUGACCAUAUUAGCAUGUUUCUUAAUUUAAACAAAUUUCAAUGGAGUAAAAAUAAAUAAAUGUUAUGGAAGUGUUAUUGAUAAUGCUAAAUGGUAACCCCAUUCUGAAACUAUCUAAUAAA